AUGCUCCUCGAUUCCAAGUCACGUGACUCUGCUCACGUGGUCGACGCCCAGCCAGCUGCAACGCGCAAGCAUCCGUUCAUGAACACUCAUCCUCCUCGCGUUCUUUGCAUCAACAACGACCCCCUUUCAUCUCGCAACAUGGCCGAGAAGAACGAGAAGAAGCCCGAGGAGACACCCGCUCCUGCCGCGGCCCCCGAGAAGAAGAAGCUCCCCCAGCUUGGCGCGCUCGAGGACGACGACGAGUUUGAGGACUUCCCCGCCUCUGCCGAGCAAGCCGGCACCGUGUCCGAUGCCCUCGCCGCUGGUGCCCCCGGCGCUGACCAGCUGUGGGAGGACAACUGGGACGACGACGACGUCGAGGACGACUUCCAGAAGCAGCUCCGCCAGGCGAUUGCCGAGCGCGCGGGCGGCGGCGACGAGGCCAUGAAGGAGUAG